ACACCCUUAGAACUAUUCGUGCCUACUCAGAGAAUUCUCGAGAUCUCAUCCUGUCCGUCACUUGCAAAUGCUGAUCAACCUUCGAUCAUGGUGGAAGCAUAAUGAUUAAAUCGUCACAUGGGUCACAUGAAGGAUAACCUCUUGGAUGAAGGGUCAGGCCAGGCGCUCCGAGUUUCGAAACUCCUCAGAUGAAGGUAAGAGUCAAUUUGAGUGAGAUGAUUCUAGGACUGCAAGGAACAUCCAGAAAUGAAUAACUGAUGGUGGAGAUCACAGUCGAAACGUACUGCUGAUUGCCCUUGGAUCUAGUUGAGGGGCUAUAUUUCCUAUUCCGGCCCGCAAGCGAAACCCUGGGAGCCAAAGAGCCUUCACUUUACGUCUACUUUGGCAGACCCAAUUCAAGAUGCCUGUGAACACGGAUUAAGUUCACUUCUUCACUGGACCUUUCAUUCUACAAAUUUGCCAUCUCCGGGUCAUCGAAAAUGACUUGCAGGAAACGGACUAAUCAGUAAGUGACCCACGAUGGGUUCACACUUCAUUUUGUUACAUCUCGGUUCAGACGGAGUUGCUUUCCACAGAUGCCACGGAGUCUGACUGCAGGUCUGACUGACAAACGCUCCAGGAUCGAUGAUAAGUUUGCACACGCUUGAACAGCAGCAUUCAAAGAGUAGAGCUCAGAAUUGAUGAGCGCCAUAUUGAAGCGGGUCCCGAGCUGUCUGCAGUGCCUGAUAGCUUGGUGCGAAUGGUGGAUACAGAUCAGAUUACAGAUGCCCUGUUGGUGGAUAAGAUCGACGAAGACGUUCUUCAGGAAAUUAUUUUUCAGUCACAUGAAACUUCAAAGAACCCGAUCAUUUGUCUUGUACGUGGCAUACAUAUGAUAUACUCUAUCAUAGUACGUAGCAGUACAUUGGGAAUACGUGAGAUGAUGGAUGAGCAUGAAUUCCUCCAUCACAGUUUUGAACCAUCAAGCUACUGAGGACGCUUUUGUCAUCGAGGAGUGAGUAGAUUCCAAUUGGUGUCGUCACAUACAAUUUUAGUAGACCCAUCCUUGUCCACUCACGUUCCUAGAAGGCUGCUGCUGUUUGAUCCUGGAGACAACAAUAUAUGACUGCACCGCCUUUUGCUGCCAAGCUGUUUUUGCUUAGAGAUCAUAGUUGUGAACACGCUUGAAGACAUUAGCCUGCAUACGCUACCAAGAUUCUUGGUGAAUUUUCCAGUCUAUCUCCAACGUGAGGGUUAAAGUGGUCACUGUGUGGGAAGUAGAUGCCCUCUGGCCACUGUGGGGAAUGCAAGAUCGCUGCUGGACCUCGAUCUUCGCAGUCGGUAAGUUCAUUGCUCCUUCCACUCUUCAAAUCUCUGCCAUUGCUGGGUAGAAACUCACUUCACUGACUUGGGAUUUCAUGAGUUGGCAACCAUAUCAGAUUUAUGUCGACUGAGAGCAAGCGAAGACCUCGCACCUCAGAGUUGAUUUCGAACAUUCAUAAAGAUAUCAUGCAAUAGCAAUGCUGCUCACACAUUCUGCAAAAAACAUCGCUUACACCUCGUUCUUGUUUUAAAUCUAAAUGCUGUAAAUUUCUUAUCUUUUCUGGAUCAGUUUGAACUUAUCCUUGAGAGAAAGUCCGUAUCUUGAUAGCAGCAGACAAAGAGCCUGCGAUACG